AUGAAGAAGAACACCUCUGCGAUGGAGAAUGCCGGUGGCAUCAAGGCAUGGAGUUUCCGUCGCCACCAGCUUUUGGUUAGAAGGGUGAUGCAAUUAACCAUGUUCAUUGCUGGACUUCCUGUGUUGUGGGUGUUUCUCUCUAACUCUGCCUCUUCCAUUGAAUUCCAUACCUUCUCACAUUACUUCACUGCUCAGUCAACAAAGGCUGGUUAUGAAUCAAAGCUAGAGAGUGUUUUUAGAACUGCGUCUAUGAAGGAUAAGACAGUGAUAAUCACAACUUUAAACGAUGCAUGGGCAAAGCCAGGUUCGGUAUUUGACCUCUUUCUUGAGAGUUUUCGCCUAGGGAAUGAGACACAAUGGCUUUUAAAUCACUUGGUGGUAAUAACUUGGGACCAAAAGACAAAUGCUUAUUGCCUUGCUUUGCACAAACAUUGUUACCAAGUUGAAACUAAAGGUGCCAAUUUCACCGGUGAAGUAUUAUUCAUGACCCCGACAUACCUACACAUGAUGUGGAGAAGAACUGAAUUCCUCACUUCUGUUCUUGAGAUGGGAUAUAACUUUGUGUUCACGGAUACUGAUAUAAUGUGGCUUAGAGAUCCCUUCAAACAAUUUUAUGAAGAUGCAGAUUUCCAAAUAGCUUGUGAUGCUUUCAAUGGCAACUCCUCUGACAUAUACAACUAUCCAAAUGGAGGGUUUAAAUACAUAAAAUCGAAUAACCGAACUAUUUGGUUUAACAAGUUCUGGUUCAACUCUAGCAAAGAGUACCCAGGGUUGGGUGAGCAGGCUGUGUUCAAUAAGAUCAAAAUGCACCCCUUAAUUUCCCACAUGAAGCUGAAGAUUAGGUUCCUUAGCACUAGCUAUUUUGGAGGGUUUUGUGAGCCUAGCAAGGACUUCAACAAGGUCUCAACAAUGCAUGCCAAUUGUUGUGUUGGCAUAGACAACAAAGUCAAUGAUCUUAAAAUUUUGCUUGAGGAUUGGAAGAAGUAUAUGGCAUUGUCUGAAAUUGACAAAAAACAGUCAAAUCUUACUUGGAGCGUACCACAAAGUUGCAGGUAA